UUUCACGUAAUGAACAUCAAGGGAAACAUACAAUAUAAAUAAACAGUAUUAUAUAGGUAAUAAUAAAGUAUUCGAAGAAAUGACGAGAUGUAACAGGAGUGAAGUUAAUCUGAAAAGCACCGCUUACAAUCAAAAUGGACAAAAUUAUUUUGAACAGUUAACGGCAUAUAAUUCCAUGAGUUCCCACUUACGACGUAUUUUAUUAGCAAAAUGUGUCGUGGAUGCUAAAAAUAAGAAUUAUAUCUAUAAAAGAAAACAGUCAUGCAAAAGCAUUGAUUAUAAACCAGGAUGUGCAAGAACAAAAAUUACAAAUGACGUAAUUGAUAGAUUAGCAUAUGAUACCCUGCAUCAUCCAGCGGACUUUUUAAAAAUGUAUUACAAAUCGAGAUAUGUAUGCCAGCGUGAAGAUCAGAAGUAUAUCACCGGCUAUUACAAUGACGAUGUAAUUUGUUCGGAAUCGAGACUACGUAAUCACGUAAUUUGCCCCGACACGUCCAUAUUCAAGUCAAAUAAACUUGGGUCAGAUAUAUCGUCAAGCAAUGAAAACAUAAAACAGCGAUCUUUUACACGAUCUAGUUAUAAUAAAAUAUUUAAACCUAUAAAUGUAAAAUAUCCAACAAAAAUCAAAGAUUAUUCAGAAAACAGAUUCAGUGAUCAUUCAAUAGUUUAUCAAUCUGCCUCUGAUUUUAUAACGCAAGAGGUCAGUCGUUUUUCAUCGACAGGAAGUACAUCGAGAAGUUAUGAAAAUUACGAAAACGCACAAGAGUCUGCUAACAUGACCAGUAAUCAGAGAAAAUGUAAACAAAAUGAGGAUAUUAAAUAUGCAAAAUUUGUAUACGACAUUACACGGGAAAUAAUGCACAAAGGUCUCUACACUGAUAAGGAAUUACAAGAAGUGUUUAAGAAACAUUUAGAGCAAAAUAAACAUGUUCUAGACAAGAAUAAAAUGUUGUACGAAGUAUAUCAGUUAAAAGUUGCUUUGAAUGUGUCCGACGAUUCGGAUGACGAAGAAUUAGAAGAUCUUAUUCGUACUCAACAAUUAUUGAAUAUUUCUGAAAUACGACCACCUACACCGCCGAAAAUUCUAAAUGAAAACAAGUUGUACGAAAGAUUAAGAUCAUACGGGGAGGAGAAUGAAGUUGUGCAAGAAUCAAAAACUGCUCGUAGGAAAUCAGUUGUAUUAAUAGACGCUAAUCCCCAAUUAGUUAUAACGGAAGAAGAUGUCCUUACGUCGUUGGUAGAAGCCAACAUUGACCCUAAACAAGCUCAACAAAUUUGGAAAGAACUAUUUUAUAAAAGCAAAGAUGCGUUAUUACCGCAUCAAACAAAAGAAAAUCGAUCGUACGAAUAUACAAGAUUUCAUCGCAAUCAAUCUAAUUCAAAUUCGAAUAAAAUAGACGGACGAGAAAAAAGUUGUACAACUUCCGACCUUAUAAUGCAAGAAAAUAAAAACAUACAAGUAGAAUAAAAAUGAUUUGCAUAAAUUAAAUAAUGAAAAAUAUUUGACACGUUUCAAAAUGUUUCACCGCUUCUUUUACUAAGUAUAAGAACAACUUCGUUUAUUACAUCUUGUUUAUUAAUAGAAAUAGAUAUUAUAUCAUUCUUUUCACUAUACCUUUUUUUUACAUUGUCAUUUGUAUAUACUACAUUCCAGUAACAAUAAAAUAUAUGAUGAAAAAAUAUAUCUUACAAUGUACAAAGAUAGUUACAGUAUGUUUUAAAAAAUUACAAUAUUAUUUACAUAUUAAUUAUACAUUCUAUGAUCUAUGAACAUAUGUAUAGAUAUUUUUACAACAUCUUUUUCAAAUUACACAGAAACUAUUACAUUUUAUGUGCGUAGUAUAUAUUGUACACGAGCUGCAAAACUAGAACUUU